AUGCAAGCUUUUGAAGAGCACAAACGGCGACACAUGCUACAUCUUUUUGUGAGAAUAUCUGGAGCUGAAAAAUCUAAAUCUACCCUCCAGGGUUGUGCCACUGCCAUACUAGAAUUGGAAGAAGAAGCUCGAAGAUGCUAUUCAGAAAAAAUAGCCUCGGACGAGUACGAGUUAGCUGAAAUAUUGCUAGUUGAUGGCUGCUUCUUACUUGAACUGUUUUUGAAAUAUUCAGAUAUUGAGAACCACGAGGAGGACAAAGUUGAGGACCCCCUUAUCAAUAAUGCUCGGACUAUUACAACUCUUCAACAUGAUUUGGUAUUACUUGAGAACCAGAUUCCAUUUUCUGUUCUGGAGGCUUUGUUCGGCAUUAUAAAAGACAAUGUGCCGCAACCAUUACGAUCCUCAUUUAUUGAGUAUAAUGUGGCCACUUUAGCACUACUCUUUUUCAAAUCGGCUUUGGGUUUGAGCGACAAAGCAAUUCAAAGUAAAUCCUCAAAACUCUCUGGUAAGCAUUUACUUGAUAUCUUGCACAAUUUUUACCUCCACACAUCUCUCAAAAGGCGUAAAAUUUUGCACAAAUCCCACCUCCCCAUAUCUUGCAAAACCCGCCAUGAUGAUGAUGAUCGUCAAUGCUUGCUAAUAAAUGGAUUUGAAAAUUGUGCCACACAACUUUUGAAGACAGGAAUUCAAUUUCAAGGCAAAACCCAAGAAGAAAAUUUCCUAGACAUAGAGUUCACAACUGAAGUUGUUACAAUGCCACUAUUAGAGAUACGCGAAGCUACAUAA